AUGGCGGAGAAGCUCGAGGCCGUGAAGGUGUUGUACUGCGGAGUUUGUUCACUUCCCGCGGAAUACUGCGAAUUCGGUUCCGAUUUCGGGAGAUGCAAGCCUUGGCUCAUUGAUAACGCCCCGGAUCUCUAUCCUGAUCUCCUCAAAGAAGCUAAUGAGAAGGGGGCAGACAAGGUUUCCGACCAACUCCAGUCGGUGGGAAUCGCUUCUGGUGCUGCUGAUGGGGCUGUCUCUUCAUCUCAGGCUGGAGGGACAUCCAAGAAGGAGGAAGUGAAACGCCUACCUGGUGGAAAACUUAAAAAGAAAGAUAGACAAGAAGUUAUCAUUGAAAAGGUUGUGCGCAACAAGCGCAAGUGUAUCACCAUCGUGAAAGGACUUGAACUGUUUGGGAUAAAACUCAGCGACGCGUCUAAAAAGCUUGGGAAGAAGUUUGCCACUGGAGCAUCGGUUGUCAAGGGACCAACUGAAAAGGAGCAAAUUGAUAUUCAAGGAGAUAUAUUCUAUGACAUCGUUGAAUUCAUUACAGCCACUUGGCCCGACGUACCUAAAAGAUCCAUUUUCUUCAUUGAAGAUGGGAAGAAGGUUCAGGCUGGUUGA